AUAAAAUUGACUUACUAUUCUGCAAGUAUAUUAUAUUCUUGAAAAUAUGCAGCAUACUCUUUACUAUUUUGAGAAGAGUUUGGUCUAUCAAUCAUUUUAGCAGCAGUACCAAGUUGAGAAUCUCCAUUUGUAUUAGCAGAGUUGUAUACACAAAGAGGUUGGCGCUCGCAAUUUGUCAAUUAUCAAAUGACAAGUAGUAGCAGCAGUAGUAGUUAUAGUAGUAGUAGCAGCAGCUGAGGGCAGGUGGUAGGUGAAAGAAUUACAAUGGCAGCCGAAAUCAAGCCCGCGCCUGGGAUGAAUCAGGAUAAGUUUAGCUCCAAUAAGAAGCCUAUACUUCUGUCGAAACUCGAGGGUUGCAAUGACGAUGUCAAUGCCGCCGUUAUCAUUCCCAGGAUUGACGGCGUCAUCAGCGUCUGCGAUGACAGAACUGUCAGAGUUUGGUUAAAACGUGACUCAGGACAAUACUGGCCAAGUGUAUGCAUGUACAUGGUAGCAGCUCCAACAUCUCUUGAUUUUUGUCCUGAAACCAGACAGCUGUUUGUUGGACUAGAAAAUGGCAGUAUAAAUGAAUUUUUAUUAGAAAGUGAUUACAAUCGUAUGACAGCUAUUCGAGAAUAUAUGGCUCAUCAAGCAAGAGUCGCUGCAGUAGUGUUUUCUUUAAGCUGUGAAUGGGUGCUCAGUAUAGGUAGAGAUAAGUUAUUCCAAUUCCACAGUACUGAAAAUGGAAAAAAACUUGGAACUUACACUACGGAAGCUUGGUACACAGCAUUGCAAUUUGAUGCUCAAUCUAAACAUGCUUUCAUUGGAAACUACAAUGGACAAAUACAAAUGUUGAAGCUUGACAAUAAUGGCUGUACAUUUGUAACUACGUUAAAAACUCACACUGGAAGCAUUCGAUCAUUAGCAUGGGAUAGUGAAAAACAACUUCUAUUUUCUGGUAGUUUUGAUCAGAGUAUAAUUGUAUGGGAUAUUGGAGGCCGUCAAGGCACUGCUUAUGAAUUACAAGGUCACCAUAACAAAGUGACAGCCUUAUGUUAUGCAAGCAUGGAACGUGUCUUAUUAUCUGGUGGUGAAGAUGGUGUCAUUGUUUCUUGGAAUAUGGCAGCUGAUAGAAAAGAAACAGCAAAUUGGGCUGAAUCUGAUACAUGUCAGAACUGUGGACGGCCAUUUUUCUGGAAUUUGAAAGCAAUGAUGGACCAACGUCAAUUUGGUUUAAGACAACACCAUUGCCGUCACUGUGGCCAAGCAUUAUGUGAUAAUUGUUCUUCAAAACGUAUUCCGAUUCCGUCAAUGGGUUUUGAAUUUGAAGUUCGAGUAUGUGAACCUUGCCAUAUUCAAUUAAAGGCUGCCAAUCAAACGCCAUUAGCAUCGUUUCAUGAUGCAAAGCAUAGCAUUGUCUACAUGGACCUUGAUGCUCCACGCAGAAGACUGUUAACUGUUGGACAAGAUCGAAUGAUUAAAAUUUGGGACGUUUCGGCUCUUCUUCAAUAAAUCUUAGCUUUACUUCGGCCGAGUAUAAAGAAACAAAUGAUACUCUAAGCUCUACCUUUGAGACAAAUCAGUACAUCGAUACACUUUCUGCUUUUAUACUACAAAAAUGGUUGUUUAACAACAAUUAACUUCAUACAUACAUAAAAGGUGAGAAAAUGGGGUUUCAUACACUUUUAUAGAGAUUUUUUUCAAUUUUUAUUUAUCUUUAGAAAUGUAGUUCAAAGAAAAAUUCUAAGUUCGAAUGUCGUUUUUAAAGUGACGGAAAUGAAGUGCUAUUUUUAGCCAAUGGUUUUUUACACUACCUUGUUGAUGUACAUGUAACAAAUAUUUAGAAAUUAAAAAUGAUCAAUCAAAUUAUUUAAUACGCUCUCUUAUUGGAAAUUUAAAAAGUAAUUAAAAAUGACGCAUAAACCUUUUUCAGGGAAUGAAAUAUUUAUACUACUCCCUAGUCGUGUUAAUUGUUAUUAUAUUAUUGUUUUAUAUCUUAUACUGUACGAUUAAUCUAUAGAACUUAAUUCAAGGUACAAGUUGUAUGUGCUAUCUCAGUCACUGUUUGUUACUUCCAUAUAAUAUCAUCAUAUUCCGCAGAAAAUCAUUUUUCAAAUUUGAAAUGACAUUGUCAUGCUCUUCCUAUAAAACGUGUUUGAAACUUGAAAACAUUUAUUGUUGAUUUACCGUUUUAUAAAGCAAAAUUUAUGAAGUGUAUAUCUUGUACCAAAAUCUAAAAGCUGUACCUAUACACACACACGCGCGCGCGCGUGUGUGUAAUCAUAUUUAGAGUGUAACGUAUUCAUUACCAUGCCUCUAUAUACGUGAAUAAAGGCAAUGGCUGUUAACUGUUAUGCGAUAGUGUUAUUUAGUUUUCUAUAUAAACAAAAGUAUAUUGAUAUAUCUACGUUACCCAUUUAUAUUAUUUGGAUGUAACAUCUGUAUGUAUACUAUAAAAGCUAUACUUUAUUAAGUUGCUUAUUAAAUUGAUUUGUUUAUUAAAUCAUUAAUAUUAACGCGUGUAUUAUGUUAAAGCACGCAGUUAACAGAAGAAUGCUCGAUUUACAAAGUAUCAACUCUAGUAAUUAUCGAAACGCUAUUGACUAUAAUGUAUAAAAAGACAUGUGAUCUUUAAAAUAUUAACGUCAAUGUCAGAUGUUUUCUACGUUCGAAAUUUGAAGUCAAAACACGUGCACCAAUGUGUUCUCUGGACAUAAAAUCAACUCUAAAGCUUAAAAAGUAUGAUUUAUUGAUUGCUCUAAAGUGAUAAGAAAAUCUUUUCUAAAAGCAUUCCUGACUAAAUAAGGUCUGAUGAAAAUAUAUCCAUGUAAAAGACGCCUAAAAGUUUAUUUUAUAAACAUCAAUAUAUUUAACAUCAUUUUUUUCUCGAAAUUAGAAUAAUUAUUAGACGGUUAUAUCACACUUAACGCAACGAGAAUACGAAACUUUAGUGAAUCACGGCUCCAACUUUAAAGAACAAACAUAUACGAAUAUAUACUUAGAGAGCUCAUAUUUUUAAGAGUAAUAAUUACAAGUUUCUGUCGAUUAUUUGAGGACGAGCAAACGUUCGAUUUGUAUUAGGAAACAUUUUCUAAAUGAUAUAUAUACACAAAUACUCACUAGUAGUCUUUUUUUUAAACGUUGCCUUUUGUCAAGCCACUUGUGAAGAAAUAAAUUAUGCAAUGCAAUGCACUCCAUCAUUAUUUUGGCAAAUAAAAUUCUAUUUUUAUCGUGAAAAUUUAUAAAUGUCAAAGUCAUGUAUAUUUAAAGAAAGAAAAAAAAUUCUAAGUGUGGAUGACGGAACUGAGCGGAAAAUUGACAUAGAAAAAUUAUAGAAAAACUGCACAUGAUUGUCAAAGACCAACAAAACUUAUUAACAAUUACGCGCAUUUUAGCUUUUGUUCAUAAAAAAAUUAAAAAAAUUGAACAUUCCCAGAUCAGUAGAAAUUGAAUCUAUGUAGCAUUUUGAUUCAAUUUUUAUAGAUAUAAAUGUGUUUAAUAGUUAGGAAAAUCCCGCGCACUUUUCUAUCCAAUCAAAAUAUUAUAACCGUUCAAGAAAUAAAUAUUAUUUCUCAUUACAAUUAUGUACCUGAAAAAAAUCAGUCGGUAAUAUAGAUUUACACUUUUGUACGACAAUACCCUCUCAAAAAGAACUACAUCCUCAUACCCAGAUAAUUAAUAAGAGCUGUAUAAAUAGACAUGAGUUAUUUUCUGAAAUAACCGUUAAUAUUAACUAUUGGAAGUGAAUUUUUUAACUCGGAUUUGUCUUGAAGUACUUGAAAUUAUUCUUUAUUGAAAAAAUAGCUAAUCUUUUAUCAGUACAGCUUUUACAUUGUCAGCCUUGGGAAGAUAUUGUCUAUGUUCAAGUAGUUGCCAUAGCUCAUUAUUUGAAAAAAACCUGUGCUUAUGGGUACAGUCCUUUUCAAAGCACAGUACUUCUUAAGUUUGCGUUACCCAUUGUUCUUUACGUAUAUUUGUUGUUGUUAAUGAGAAAUAAUUUUUAUUUCUUUAUACCGGAUGGUUAUAAUGACCUUUUGAUUGGAUAGAAAAAUUACACGUGAUUUUUGC